GAGAGAGAGAGGAGGAGAGGAAGGAGGAAGAAAUGGAGAACGUGACAUCAGAGGAGAAGGAAGGAGCUGAGGAGGAGGAGAGGAAGAGGAAAGCAGAACCUUCAUCCUCCCAUCCACCAGCAAAGAAGAAAGCAGAUGACGGUAGAAGCGGUGGAGCUCAGAAUCAGCCAAUCACAGCCGACUCCACCCAGCCCGCUCCUCCUGACCCCGCCUCCAUCGACAAAGACGUCCUGUUGGAGCGCCAGGCCCACCUGCCCACCACUCACAAAUUCAGCAGAGAGCCACUUGGAGCACAACCCCUUCAAGUGUCCCGCAGCCGGCUGCACCAAGUCGUUCAGGAAGGCGAGCCUGCUGCACUACCACAUCAAGUACUACCACUCCAACCAGCAGCUGGACGAACAGCUGGACGAGCAGCUGGAUGAACAGCUGGACGAGCAGCUGGACCAGCAGCUGGACCAGCAGCUGGACCAGCAGCUGGACGAACAGCUGGACGAACAGCUGGACGAACAGCUGGACGAUCAGCUGGACGAUCAGCUGGACCAGCAGCUGGACCAGCAGCUGGACCAGCAGCUGGACGAUCAGCUGGACCAGCAGCUGGACCAGCAGCUGGACGAGCAGCUGGACGAGCAGCUGGACGGGCAGCUGGACGGGCAGCUGGAGGAAAGUUAUGUUUAAGUUUUGUGUUUCACUGACUGCUGCUGCUG